GCCACGUUGCCACGUUGCUCCAAUUACUUCUCCCACCCGUCACUCUCUCCACCCGCACCCACCCACCACCCACCCCCCAAAACCGCCGGCCGUGACCUAAAUUUAAACGCCACCGCCACAAGUGCCAAGUCAUCAAUGCCACCGGAAAAUUCUCUCUUGGCCCAAUCCAAUUCAUCAAAUUCUCUACGUACAAACACCAUAUAUCCAAAUCUAGUUAAAUUUUUCUCCAAAUUCCACCACCUAAUUUCCUGCAGCUGAAUUCGCUUCUCUGCCACCAUCCAUUGCCGCUCGCCGCCAAUUUCGGGAAAUGAUCGGUGCAAUUGCUCGGAUGCAUCAAUCAAAAUUAUGCUAAAGUCAAUCCGCGUGCUAUGCAUCCUUUCUGCUGCGUCACAUCGAUGAGCAUCCACACCAACUCCGACUUGCCGCCGCCGCCGCCUCCUCUGCCGUCGGCGGCCGAUCCGGUCAUCGGCAGGAGCCUGAGUGCCGGGAGGGCUCUUUCGUCGCGUGAUUCGCUGCUGGAUCAUGGCUAUUCGUUCAAUAGUAAUAUCUUCAGCCGUAGCCAAAGCCAGAAUUACAACCACCACAGCCGUGACCUGAAGAUCAAUGACAUAGUGGGGAAUGGAAUUUCGGGGAUUUUGCAUAAGUGGGUGAAUUACGGGAAGGGAUGGAGGCCGAGGUGGUUCGUUUUGCAGGAUGGUGUGUUGAGUUAUUAUAAGAUCAGCGGACCGGAUAGGAUUAAUCCUCAGACUGAGAAAGGAUCGAGAGUGAUUGGGGAGGAUUCGAUGAAGCGGUUGUCGCGUAAGUUUAGCGGUCUUCAUCGCAGGACUGGGAGCUGGGGGUCCGUGAAAGGCAGGAAGCCUGUUGGAGAAGUUCAUUUGAAGGUAUCAACAAUCAGAGAAAGCCGAUCAGAUGAUCGGAGAUUCUCAAUUUUUACUGGUACAAAGAGGCUCCAUCUGAGGGCUGAUAGUGCAGAAGACCGUGCGGCAUGGCUUGAAGCUUUGGAAGCUGUGAAGGACAUGUUCCCAAGGAUGUCAAAUAGUGAGUUAAUGGCUCCUAUUGACAAUUUAACUGUCUCAACAGAAAGGUUGAGGCAGAAAUUGUUGGAAGAAGGUUUGAGUGAGUCUGCGAUUGAGGAGAGUGAGCAGAUAAUGAAGAGCGAAUUUGCAUCACUGCAAAAUCAGUUCAGACUCUUAAGCCAGAAAUAUUGGCUCCUUACAGAUACACUCCGACAGCUAGAGACAGAAAAGGUAGAUCUGGAGAAUACGGUUGUAGACGAAAGCCAGAGACAGUUUAAGGAUGUGGGAGCAUCUUCAAGAUCAAAAGAUAAGUAUAGUGGAAGUGCUACUGAAUCAGAAGAUGAAAAUGAAAGAGCAGACGUGGUCGAGGAGGACUCUGAUGAAGAAGAGAAUACUUUCUUUGACACCAGGGAUUUUCUAUCUUCUAGCUCUUUUAAAAGCAAUGGGUCGGACUUUAGGACAUCAUCUUUUUCUUCUGAUGAUGACGACGAACUCAAUGAUUUUGAAGCCGAGGAUAGUAUUGAACCUGCCAUUAAAUCUGCUGGAACAAACUUUGCUCAUGUUAAACGUCGGAAGAAAUUGCCAGAUCCUGUUGAGAAAGAGAAAGGAGUGAGCUUGUGGUCAAUGAUCAAAGAUAACAUUGGGAAGGAUCUUACAAAAGUAUGUCUUCCAGUCUACUUCAAUGAGCCUCUCUCGUCUCUGCAGAAAUGUUUUGAAGACCUGGAAUAUUCAUAUCUACUAGAUCGGGCCAAUGAAUGGGGGAAAAAGGGCAACAGCCUUAUGAGGAUUCUAAAUGUAGCUGCAUUUGCUGUAUCUGGAUAUGCCUCCACUGAAGGACGAAUCUGCAAACCAUUUAAUCCAUUGUUGGGGGAGACUUACGAAGCAGAUUAUCCAGAUAAAGGCCUCCGGUUUUUCUCAGAGAAGGUUAGUCACCACCCAAUGGUUGUUGCUUGCCACUGCGAGGGUACUGGGUGGAGAUUCUAUGGCGACAGCAAUCUGAGAAGCAAAUUUUGGGGUCGCUCCAUUCAGCUUGAUCCAGAGGGUAUCUUAACUCUUGAAUUUGAUGAUGGUGAAGUUUUCCAGUGGAGCAAGGUAACAACAUCUAUAUACAACCUUAUUCUGGGAAAACUAUAUUGCGAUCACUACGGUACUAUGCGGAUACAAGGAAACCGUGGUUACUCAUGCAAACUGAAAUUUAAGGAGCAGUCUCUAAUAGAUAGAAACCCCCACCAGGUGCAGGGGGUAGUCAUAGACAAGAGUGGAAAGACUGUGGCAACUUUGAUUGGAAAGUGGGAUGCGAGCAUGCAUUAUGUAAAUGGUGAAUUCAAAGGAAAAGGCCAUCAUGCGUCAGAAGCUCACUUGCUCUGGAGACGUAGCAAGCCUCCACAGUUCCCUACACGUUACAAUUUGACACGUUUUGCCAUUACACUCAAUGAACUAAUUCCAGGACUGAAGGAAAAUCUCCCUCCAACAGAUUCAAGACUGAGACCUGAUCAAAGGUGCUUGGAAAAUGGGGAGUACGAGAAGGCAAAUGCCGAAAAACUAAGGCUGGAGCAGAGGCAACGGCAGGCGAGGAAGAUGCAAGAACAAGGGUGGAAACCUCGCUGGUUCGCCAAAGACUCCAACACUUAUCGCUACGUUGGUGGGUACUGGGAAGCUAGGGAACAAGGCAACUGGGAAGGUUGCCCAGAUAUUUUCGGUCAAGUGCCUCCAGAUCAGACAGUGGACGAGUAAGACACCGCUGCCUCGCCUUUUUUUGUCUUUUUUUUUAAAAAAAAAAUUGGUGAUAGUCCCUAGGAAAACAUCAUCUAAUGAUUCAUGAUAGGUGUGUAUAGUUCUUUCGAAAUUUGAAGCUUGCAAUUUAGCAUUUUCUCCUCAGCUAGCCAAAGCAACCUUUGAAUAGAAACUCUGAGAUUUGAUUUGCUUUGGUAUGUAGACAGAAGCUAUUCGUUUCAAAUAUAUGGUACAGAAUUUGUUUCA